UGGCCACGCCCACCCCGCACAAGGGCGUCUAAUCUAUGCGCCUCAGAUGGGCCCAACAUACAAGAAAGAGUUUUUCUAAAGGCCCACAAUGAUUCUAAUUCACCUCCACGAGGGGAAAGCGUUCGUGUGGAAAGCAGAAGAUGUCCAAGAGAUCCGGGAAAAGCAUGGACUGAUCGGGAACCUUGUUGGAGCCCUGGUGAGGAAGCCAAGACAGAACGCCCGGCUUGGUCUGCCGCUGCAGCUGUCAACGGAAGAAACGCGACUGCUUGUGGAAAUUGGAGCAGCAACACUGGUGAGCAGCGGCUCGGGUGAAAGGGAACACGCCAAGGGUGAAGAUUUGGCCAUGGACAGUAUAGGUUCUAACUCUUCUACGGAUGACGAGGAAACGUCUCGGCCAGAGGUUGAUGCUUACAAGCAGUUUUUAGAGGAAAGCUAUAAAGAACAAGGACAGUUGGCUUUGGAAGAGAAACGGCGCACAUUGGAAAGAUUGUCAGAUCAUAUCGCUGAAGGAAGGACCAAGAGAAAGCGGCAACAUGAUGAACAGGAAGGCACACAAAUGGACUGCUCCACUCGAGGGCCAAUUAAGGAGCUUCAGAACCUUGAAAAGACUUUUAAUUUUCCUCGAGAAGCAAUGAUGGUGCAGAUUCCUACAGCUCGAACCCCUGUCGGGAGUGUGCAGCCCGUGGAUUUGUACCAAGCCUCUGCAGACUGGCCAUAUAGUGGACAGUCGGAACAUGAAACGCGCUACAAAGUUUUUAAGGACCUUUGGGAGAAGGGCUAUUUCCUUACCAGUGGCAACAAGUUUGGAGGAGAUUUCCUUGUAUAUCCAGGUGAUCCGAUGCGGUUUCAUGCACAUUUCAUCGCUCUCUGCUUCCCACAAAAUAAAAAGAUCCCAAUGAGUGACAUCAUCACUGCUGGACGCCUGGGAACCAACGUGAAGAAGACAGUGCUUCUUUGUUCACCAAAUCAAGAGGGUACAGUGACUUAUACAUCUUUGCAGUGGUCAGGGAUGCAGUGACUACAUUACAGAACAUCUGUGCAGAUGCUUCUAGGAUGUUUUGGCUCCUGUCGCUGCUAGAGUAUAUCGAACCUGCACCAUGCAGACUAAAACGUAGCGGCAAACGCAAAGAUAUCAUGUAAAAAGAAAGCUUCCUUUUUUUAGCACGAUUUUCAACUGCUUCCUAUGGAUGUUAAUAAUUAGCAGUGAGACAUCAUGUUUUCUAUCCUGAAGAUUUAAAAUUGUGCAGGAUUGUUCAUCAUUAAAGCUACAAGUCAAGAACA